GGUUCUCUGCUCAGCUCUCUCGGUAUCCCCAUUUGACGCCUUCUACCAAGUUACUUUUCCUCCUGUUCUGCUUCCCAUCAGCCUUAUAGAGCGGAGCGGUUGGGAUGGAGCUGUCCAGAUGCUGAACUAGAACUAGAGCGGCUGUAGGGAGAGAUCUGAUGCUCUGAGUCGUUGCCUCUCAUAGAGAACACAGGGGAUUCCCCCCUUUCAGGCGUUAGACGCUACAUUAGAGCUAACGGGGCUGUUUGGUUGCUGGGAUCAGGAUGCAACUGUGCAGGGGACGGUGUCUGGGCAUAUCGGUGGCCAUAGCACAUGGGAUUUUUUCGGGCUCUCUUAACAUUCUGCUCAAGUUUCUGGUGAGCAAGUACAAUUUCUCCUUCCUGACCCUGGUGCAGUGCGCCCUCAGUAUCACAGCAGCAGUCACCCUGGAAGUGCUCAGACGCUGCGGAAAGAUCUCUGUGCCCCCUUUCAGCCUGAGCCUUGCGCGGAUCUUCGCGGCAGUAACUAUUCUGUGCACUCUGCAGGCCACCCUGACUCUCUGGUCCCUGCGAGGGCUCAGUUUGCCCAUGUACGUGGUUUUCAAGCGAUGUCUGCCUUUGUUUACGCUGCUGAUUGGAGUGCUGGUACUUAGGAACGGGAUGCCCUCUAUAGGGGUAGGCAUUGCUGUGUUUAUCACCACCUGUGGGGCAGCACUAGCAGGGGCUGGGGACCUGAGCGGCGAACCUGUAGGAUACAUAACAGGAGUGAUGGCUGUAAUAGUUCAUUCAGCUUACUUAGUAAUUAUUCAGAAGACAAGUACUGAUAGUGAACAUGGGCCUCUUACUGCACAGUAUGUCAUAUCUGUUACACAAACACCUCUGCUAAUUGUUUUCUCUUUUAUCAGCAUGGACAUGAUCAAUGCAUGGUCUUUCCCUGGCUGGAAAGAUCCAGUCAUGGUAUCUUUGUUUAUUUUUUGUACCUUAAUUGGUUGUGCCAUGAACUUUACCACACUGCACUGUACUUACAUAAACUCAGCUGUAACCACCAGUUUUGUUGGAGUGGUAAAGAGCAUUGUCACAAUUACAGUGGGUAUGCUGGCUUUCACAGAUGUGGCACCCACAUCACUUUUUAUUGCAGGGGUGGUUGUCAACACAGUUGGCUCUAUUAUCUACUGUGUGGCUAAGUAUUUGGAAAUCAGAAGACAAAUAAACUAUGAGGAUUUGGAAAAGGAAACAUGCAAGGAAGAAAAUAUUGAACUGGAUGGAGAUCAUCCACCAUUUGCAAUGGAAAAUACAAAACAAGAUGACAGUAUUGAAGGACAAGCUCAAGUAGAGUCAGGAGCUGUAUCCUCUCAAGAUGAUGAAAAGAAGACAGGAAGCAAACUGGAAGAGUUCUUGCAGUCAUCUGGUACGCCAGGCCCUUGUACUAAUGGAGACAACAAGAAAUCAUUAAAGGACACAUACCUUGGUGUAUGGCGGUUGGUUAGAGGGUCAAGAUUUUUGAAGAAAGAUUACCUAAUAGAAAAUGAAGAGCUGCAGAGCCCAUAAUACAUGAAAUUAUUGUGGUGAAAAACAACUAUAUUUUGUAUGUCAUGUGGGAAAAUAAUUACUUCAGAAAAGAUCAUCCUAAAAUAUGCUUGUACAUAUAUUUUAUUUUAAAUUAAACUAAUACCAGUUCAGAUGCCCAAAUACCCAUUUGCUUCCCUUAUUGUACAAUAAUUUAGAAAAUCUGUUCAGUUAGUCAAUAAACCAAAAACAGUUGGGGAUAUAAAGAAGAUGGAAUUCAAUUUGUCCCAUUAUUUUGAAAUUAAUAUCUAUACUACUUCCACUUUAAAGGGGUGGUUCACUUUUUAAUUUCUUUUUAUUAUGACAUAGACAUCCUAUUUUAAGAUAUUUUGCAAUUGGUUUUCAUUUUGUAAGUUUUGUGGUGUUAAAAUUAUAUAGCUUUUCCUUCAGCAGCUGCCUAGUGUGGAAUUGCAGCAGCUCCCUGCUGGGAUCCAAAUUACCAUAGCAACCAGGCAAUAGUUUAAAUAAAAGACUGGAAGAUGAAUAGUAGAGGGCUUGAAUAGAAGGAUAAAAAAAUAAAAGGUCUUUACGGGUAUGGGACUCAUUAUCCCAUUAUAGGACCUGGGUUUUCCAGAAAAGGGGUCUUUCUGUAAUUUGGAUCUCCAUACCUUAAGUCA